AUGCAGAACAUCCUAUCUUAAUAAUAACAAUUUUUUGAUUUGUUAGACAAAUAAGUGGAUGCCUAUAAGACAUUGCUUGAUCAGUUGAGCCAGAGCUAAGACAAAUUCAAUCAUCUCCUUUAGGACUAUUUGCAAAGAUUUCAAACCAUCAAUAACAAACUAGUCCAAGGCCGUCAAGAUUUUUCGUGCUCAUAAAUUCAAAUUAAAAGAAAUGAUGAAUUGUACACGCAUUCUUAAUUACAUAUAUAAUUCAAUUUAAGAUCUUUACUGGAGAAGCAAUAUAAAUACAAACUUACCUUAGCAGACGCCCUCGAAACUCCCCUUUAUCGAGAUCGCAUUUUCUAAUUAAGAGUCGAACUCAAAAACAAGAGUGGAGAUCUUGUUAAAAACCCCAAUAAAAUCGAACUUGUUGUUGCUAUCUACUCACAAGAACAGUAUCCCAAGGAAAUCAAAGUUAAUAAUAAAGGAGAAUAGAUAUUGAAAGGUCAUCUUUGUGUGCCUCUCAUCAAAGGAACCGCCUUCUUUACAAGAGUUCAAAUUAGGGAAGUAUCUUCCCAUUAUUAAAAUGGCUCCAUCAUCUUAGCUAUCCUCCCCUAAUUCAAGUCUAAUGAUGAACCCAUCAAUAGUAGGGAUGUUCAACCACUCAUCGUCGAGAAUAUUAAAAACGCCACAUUCCUGUGUAUGUAAAUUAAUGAUUAAUUAUAAUGUUUUGGAAUCAUAAUUUCUAUAGUUAUUGCUGUCAUUCUAUCUUUCAUCAUCUUUAUUAUCCAGAGUUUGCCAAACUAUCAUGGAAAGUGGACAUCCAAACAUAUUAAAAAUGAUGUGAAGAUAUUUAGAGAUAAACUAUAUUGCAUUCCCCACAUUCAUGCAAAAUUCUUAAAAGAAGGAUAUUACUAAUUAGGAUUUGUACAUGCUUAGGAUAGAUUUUGGUAAUUACAUUUAAGAAGAAUGACAUCAUAAGGUAGAAUGACUUUCUAUUGGGACAAAUAUAUUAGGAAUCUAGGAUAUCUUGAAUCAUGUAAGAGAAUAGUUCAAAAACUCAGUGAAGAAGCAAGAAUCCAUUUGUAAUCAUAUGCUGAUGGAAUAAAUGAUGGAGUGAAAUCAUUAUCUAUUCUACCUAUUGAAUUUAAAAUAUUAGGAGUUUGA